AUGGCACUCGAAUCGGCCGGUGGCGGCGUUGGCGGAGCGAAGAGGCGGCGGGUGGAUGAGCAAGGGCGCCAGCGCAUGCAAGUGGUGGCGGGGCCAGAGUCCGCCCCGGUGGUCCGCCUCUCGGAGCUGCCGGAGGACCUGCGGCGGCGCAUCCUCACCCGCCUCCCGCUCAAGGACGCCAUCCGCUCGGGGGCGCUCGCGCAGGGGUGGUGCGACCUCUGGAAGAGCCGCUGGGCGGAGCCCACCUCCUGCCGCGACAUCCACCUCCUCCCCGCCGACAACCCGAGGAAGGUGCUCACGUCGCUGGAGAGCGUCCCGCGCCGGCGCCUCGACCGCUUCUCCUUCAUCUCCGACAAUGAGAUGCUCAGGCCCCCGCAGCUCAAGCGCUUCCUAGCUCGCGUACACCGCCAAGUGCCGCGUUGA